GGCCCUUGCACCGGAGGGGGCGGGCGCUGCUUUUCGAUCAUCUCAGCCGGCAAAGCGAAAGUUCCCACCCUCCUGCCCGGCCCCACCCCGUGACUCGCUGUGGGGCCAGGCCGGGGGCAGGGGCCGGGGAGAAGCGGGUGAGUGACUGGGGCGAGCUGGGGACGGGAGCAGCCGGUCUCUGCCAGCGCUGUGCGCCCCCCCCCCCCCGCGGCCCCCGGCAGGAAGUUUUCAGGCUCGGCCGCCAGGAAGCUGCUGGGAGCUGGGCUGGAGAUGGGGCGGCCGGUUCCCUGGGCCCUGGGUUUGCUCCUGUCGCUGCUGAUCGGAGCCGAGGCAGGGCGCAACUUCCGGCUGCUGAGGCAGCAGGUGCUGCGGGCGCGCGAGGUGCAGGCCAUGCAGGAGACGGUCUCCCGGAGGCGGCUGCUGCGCCCGGCGCCCUGGCGUGCCCCCAGCGAGGGUGCCCUGCGCCAGCCCCUCGACCACUUCGAUCGGCAGGAGGGGCGGGAUUUUAACCAGAGGUUCUGGAUCAAUGAGGAGUUCUGGCACCGCCCGGCUGGGCCCGUCUUCCUGUACAUCGGGGGCGAGAGCUCCCUGUCGCAGUUCGCUGUGCUGGCGGGGCACCACAUGGAGCUGGCUCGGAAAUACGGCGCGCUGGCCGUGGCCCUGGAGCAUCGCUUCUACGGCGCCAGCAUCAACCCCGACGGCCUGCGGGACGCCAGCCUCCGGUUCCUGUCCAGCCAGCAGGCCCUGGCUGACCUGGCCUCCUUCCACCUCUUCGUCACCCAGAAGUAUAACCUGACACGGAACAACACCUGGAUCUGCUUCGGGGGCUCCUACCCCGGCUCCCUCGCCGCCUGGUUCAGGCUCAAGUUCCCCCACCUGGUCUUCGCCGCCGUCGCGUCCUCUGCCCCGGUGCAGGCCCAGCUGGACUUCACCGGCUACAACCAGGUGGUGGCGGCGAGUCUGUCGGACCCGGUGGUGGGGGGCUCUGCCCAGUGCCGCGAGGCCGUGGCCAAGGCCUUCUCCGCAGUGGACCAGAGGCUGCACGCCGGGCGGCUGGCCGAGCUGCAGAAGGAUUUCCGCUCCUGCGGGCCCCUGACGGAGCCUGACGACCGCGGGGAGCUCGCCAGCAACCUGGCCGACAUCUUCAUGGGCGCCGUGCAGUACAACGACGAGGGGUCCCAGGGAGGCACCGUGGCCAAGCUGUGCGGCAUCAUGAACGACACGGGCCUGGGGUCCCCCUACCAGAGACUCAUCGCCGUCAAUAACGGGUUCCUGGAGAGCAUGGCGCUACCCUGCGUGGAGAACUCGCACCAACGCGCCCUGGCCGAGCUGCGCAGCGCCAACCUGACCCUCAGCGGCGUGGGCGAGCGGCAGUGGUACUUCCAGACCUGCACCGAGUUCGGAUACUACCAGACCUGCGAAGACGCCACCUGCCCCUUCUCCCGGCUCCUGACGCUGUCGGCCCAGCUCGGCCUCUGCUCCCAGGUGUUCGGCAUCGGCCCCGAGCGCGUGCGGGAGGCGGUGACCUUCACCAAUGAAUACUACGGGGCCGACCACCCCAAGGCCAGCAGGAUCCUCUUUGUGAAUGGCGACAUCGACCCCUGGCAUGCGCUGAGCGUCCUGAAGAACCAGUCGCGCUCGGAGCUGGCCAUCCUCAUCAACGGGACCUCCCACUGUGCCAACAUGAACCCCUCCAGGUCCUCCGACCCCCUGCCCCUCGUCUCGGCCCGGCAGGGUCCCUCCAGCUCGCUCCGUGUCCCCCUCCCUGCUUCUGCAGCGGAUCGACUACCACGUUGGCGACUGGUUGAGCUUGGCAAGGAAGGCGCCUUCGGCCCCCUGAGUCUCCGGGCGUGAGGCCGUUCGCCCUCUGACGCUGUGCGGACUUCGCCUGCGGAGGGACGCGGCGAGAUCUUCCUUCCAGCAGAGAUUUACUUUGAUUGCCAGCUCGUCGGGGCAGGGGCCAGCUUUCUGCUCGGCAUUCGUCCAGCAACCAGCGCAACGGCUCCGCGAUGGGGGCUCCCAGCUGCUGCCGCGACACACAACAAAACAUGAUCCGGGGAACCAAGGGGGGUCUGAGAAAUCUGCUGCGCUGGGGCCAGCCAAACCCCUGGGGAUUUUCUGGGGACAGCUUCAUCCCCCUGCUGCGUUGGUUUGGGUCCUUUCAUUCCUUUAUCCAAUGAAAGAUGGUUUUUUUAGA